AUGGAGCUGCCCGACUUCAGCUUCUAUGGCCGGGUCUUCCACGUCAAGGUUGACUCGGACUCAGGCUACGUACGCAUCAACUGCGCUGUUCCUGCGGGCGUGGUCCCCAAGCUUGACCGGGUGUUUGGCAGCAGGUUCCUGUGGUACGACCUGUACACUGGGGGGAGCACGACGGCAGUCGCCGGUGACUGCCGCUACACGGGGUUGCGCCAGAGCCGCCACCUUGUAGCCGGUAUGGCAGCAUCGUUGGGCGACCUUGAAAACCAACCGGCCGUGCCGGCCGUGCUUGUGCUAUACAAGCUGAUUCGCGUGCCUAGGCCCAGAGCACACUUCACGUGUGUGUGCGUCUAUGCAUACACUUACUUCACACUCUGCGCCCAGACUUAGCCAAGUCCAGAGCCAGGUUAGGAGUCGCUGAAACACAUACAAGCAAAAUACAGGUGUUUGUCUAAUCAUUGUAUACUGUACAGCCCCAGCAGACUCCAGGUGCUUCACUAAAACAUUACGG